AUAGCGAAUAUCAGACAGAAAAUUUCGGAGGAUGACAUUGAAGGGUUUAAAAAAUUAAUAAGAAAGGAUCCAACAAUAGGUUCACUUCAGUUGGAUAUUCGGAACAAAAAUAAAAUGACACCAUUGCUUGAAGCCGUUUCCCGGGGUCACCUCGGAAUGACACACAAGCUAAUAGCCCUGGGUGCAAGCAUAAAUGCUGUUGAUGGUGAAGGUAACAGCUGUUUGCACCUUGCCAUGGAAACAGAAGUGUUUAAUUCCGAGGGUGCACCCAUGGAUUUACUAAACGAAUGCUGCACUGCCACCAACCUAAAAAAGAAAAGAAGUCUCUCUGGUAUAGUGGUUGCGAGAUAUCUCGCCAGCCAGGGAGCUGACUUUCACCAUAAAAACAACAAAAAUAACAGACCAUUGGACCUCAUUAAGGACCCAAAUUUGAGAAAAAACUUAGAAACAUUUUUACAACCACAAUGUUUGCUGUGCAGAAAUAAAGCGGCCACAACAAAAGUUCAUCCCUGUGAACACCUUCUGACAUGUGAAGAAUGUUCAAACAUUCCACUUCAACAAUGUCUGAAGUGUUUAAAACCUGUAAUAACAGGCAGAGGUCGAGUUGAGGCUCCAAAGUUUGAGGACAGGCGUGUAAAAACAGAGGCUACAUGUCAGGAAUUAGGGGCUGCAUCUCAGGUAAUAGAGGCUCCAAAGUUUGAGGACAGGCGUGUAAAAACAGAGGCUACAUGUCAGGAAUUAGGGGCUGCAUCUCAGGUAAUAGAGAGUCCAGUUCUGAAGGAGAGGAAUCUGAUGAGAGUGGCUAAGAGGUUAGGAAGUGAUUGGUGGCAAGUGGCUAUUUUUUUAGGAGUUGAUACAACUGAACUGAAAAUUGAUGAUGAGUCUAUUGACACUGUAAAACAAGGCUACCUGAUGCUUCGCGAAUGGUUCAAAAAUUGCGACCCAGAAACACGGACACACGCAACAUUACGUGCAGCUCUUGAAGAAGCUGAAUGUUUCACUGCGAUGGAAUGUCUGUCAUUAGACGCAAAGUGAAUUUCCAUGUAACUGUUGUUUAGCUUCAGAUUAACCUUGACCAAACAGAGUCUUUUGAUCAAACGCAUUCCAGCCAGGACCAUCAUGCCUAUUUACAAAGAGAACCCACAACCAUCUCGUCCAAUAUGCCCUUCUGUACAGUGAUAUCGUGUGAAUUUAGCUACUAAUUCUAGCAGGUAUAUCAACCACAUUGUGAUCCCAUCACUGGUUUUGCUCCUUUGUUAAAAAUUCACUUUUAAAAUAAAGACAAAGUUUGAAAUGUUCA